GGCGCGUUGGCGCGCGGGGAUGUCAGGGAAGUGCCGAUCGUCGGGCGGACAGAAUGAACUGCGAAGGUGGUCGUCUGGGAAAAACACGACUCGGGGGCAGUGAGUUGGAAUCCAUGACUCGCGGGGAGUGAGUUGGCAUCCAUGCCGAAUGUGUUUGAACUCUACGGCUUGCUCAGGCAGUCGUCGUGUUGUGCUAUUGAUUGAUUGAUUGACGGUUAAGUACUUUUUUGCUUACGCGUUGAUGGUUUGCCAGACAGUCGUGCAUUCAUUCCUCCUAAUAGGACGGUGACAAACCAUCAACGUGUCGGACGCUGACGCCUCGUGGAGCUGACGCCUCGUGGAGCUGUUGUCAGGUGUCGGACGCUGACGCCUCGUGGAGCUGAUGGCAGGGAAGGCGACUUGCCCGCCACGGCAAUCUGCGGAACAGAUGAUUGAAGGUCUUGAAUCAUGCAGCACAGGAGUGGAUUUUUUAUGAGAGUGGUUGUGCUUGUGCGUCGUCCAUCGACGACGGAAGCGUUCCCGGGAGUCCUCUGUACGCGAAGGCGGGGAAAGCUGGGUUCGACGGAGGAAAUCUGUGUUCCAAAUAUAGCAAAGCAGCGUCGGGUCGAUCAUCAUUAUCAGAGGUGGGGCAGUUAAAGCCAACUCGAAGGUGAACGUGGAGGGGGGGUCGGUAUAGGGGCUAUAGGGGGGUAGAGAUAGUGACCAUGAGCAGUGAUGCAGGUGUUGUGACCGCUCAUGCGGAUCGUGAUGGGAAUGUCGGACCAAACAAAGAGGCGGCGGCUGUCGCUCCACAGCAGCGGGAGGCAGCAGCUCAGACAGCCUUCCAGAGCUUCUCGAAAGGUUUUUCUAGUCUGAAAGCUCUCAAUGUUCUACAGAGGGACAGUAGCGGCAAACGCGGUGGUGGUCCAGCAGCAAGAGCAUCAGCGGCUCCGCGGGAGGAGGGAUUGCCUUUGAAAGAUGGAGGCAAACAAUGCCAACAGCUGGAUAGCGACAUCAAGGAGAAGGAGAAUAAAUCUGCUGGCGCCGGUGGCGUUCCAGGAGGAGGCGGAGGAGGAGGAGGAGUUGCUGGGGGAGUUUCAUCGACGUUUAAUCUCUUCUCUCAGGGUCUUGCGGGAAUCAAAUCAUCGCCUCUACUGUCGAUGAGAGGCUCAUCGUUGCUGCCAAGCAGGGGGGGGGGAGGGGGAGGAUCUAGGUCAUCUCCCUCGAAAGUGCCGAUCAUUGAGAUGUCGGUCGAGGAUUCAGCAGCUGUCGCGGCGGCGGGUUUGGGCAGCAGUCCUACUGCUGCGGCAGCUGCCGCUUUUGGCAACAACAACAACAAUUUGAACGCUCCUCCUUCUGCGCCCCCCAGCGCCACUCCCUCUCGGUCUCCCAGGUCUGCUCUUCAGGAUUCGCCGCUUGGGCUCUUCACAAAGGGUCUGUCUACGAUGAAGAACUCGGCCAUCAAGUCUGUCACGACGAGGGCGCGCCAUCUUGUCUCCCAGAAUAAGCGUCGAUACCAAGAAGAUGGAUUCGAUCUGGACAUGUCUUACAUCACGGAGAAUGUGAUAGCGAUGGGCUUCCCUGCUGGCGAUAUCAGCUCCGGUCUCUUUGGAUAUAUGGAGGGGUUUUAUCGCAAUCACAUGGAGGAGGUGAUCCGCUUCUUUGAUACCCAUCACAAGGGGUGCUACAAGGUGUACAAUUUGUGUUCUGAGCGUCUUUAUGACGCUUCGCUGUUCGAGGGCAAGGUCGCUUGCUUUCCCUUCGACGAUCAUAACUGCCCGCCUCUGCAGAUGUUGAUGGCCUUUUGCGAAAGCGCGUACGCGUGGCUUAGAGCGGGCAUGGACAACGUUGUCGUUGUGCAUUGCAAGGCGGGCAUGGCAAGGACAGGCUUGAUGAUUUGUUGUCUCCUCCUCUUCCUCAAGUUCUUUGCGAUGGCAGAGGAAGCUAUCGCCUAUUUCAACUCCAAACGCUGCGUUGACGGUCUGGCUCUGGUUAUCCCUAGUCAGCAGCGCUAUGUCAAGUACUUCGAGAGGAUACUAAGAGACAUGAACGGCGAGACGCCGAAGGCGCAGAAGCACAUCCUUCGCGGGAUUCGCUUGCACAGGUGUCCGUAUUGGAUUCGCCCUGCCAUAGCCAUAUACGAUCACAAUGGCCUGGUGUUCUCUACGCGAAAGCACCCGCGGACGCGGGAUUUGAUGCCCGACGACUUGUGGCACAACGCGCCGAGGAAGGGAGUUGUGGUUUUCGCUCUCCCUGGGGAGCGGUGCGUCGCUGAGCUCUGCGGGGAUUUCAAAGUCUGUUUCCACGACCGCCACGGCGAUUUCUCUUGCUGGCUCAACACCGAGAUGAUGGACAGCAGGCAGAUGUUGACUAUUCGGGAAUUGGAUGCCUUCGAUAAACGACGGCUGCCUUCGCCUGGACUGGUAGUCGAGAUCGUUGUUCUCGACGGCGAUGCAGCCGCCGCCGCCGCCGCAGCGGCGGCGGCUGGCCCGCCGUCGGGCUCCGCCACGAAUCCUGCGGGGACUCGUAGCGGGGACUCGGGGGUCCGUGAUUCUUCCUCGUCUUCCUCUUCUUCACGUCGCCUUGGAUCCUCGCCACCUGGCAUUAGGAGCAGUAGUACGACUAGUAAUAGCAGUGGUGGCAAUCGGGUUGUUGUCCGCGGUGUUGAGGAAGCUACUACAGACAGCAGGGUUUUGCGGCAGCAACAUCCCGGCGGCGCAGCUGCUUCAUCAGUCGUGUCGGUUGGCGGCGGGGCAGCUGAAGUCGGCGGUGCCUUGAUGGGAGGGACGGGGUCUAAACAGGAUGACAUAUUUUCGGACAGUGAGAGUGAGGAGAGCGGGGAUGCUGCGAGUCGGAGAGCGGCGGCAUUGACGAAGCUUGGAGGGGUUGUUGGCUCCGCCAACGGGAGGGCUAAUGAUGGACAAAUGGGUGGUGAUGAUGAUGGGAGAAGGCUGCCUGGUGGUGGUGGUGCUGCUGCUGCAGGGGCGUUUGCAAAGGAAGGAGGAGGUGCUGCUGUUGGGAAUGGGAAUGGAAAAGGGAGGCAGGUGGGGGGCGGCGCGGAGAUGUCGGCGCCCGCGCCCGCGCCUCCUUCAACGUCGAUUGCAGCAGCAGCUAUGGCAAACAUCGUUGGUGGGGUGAAGAAUGCCAUGGAUAGUCUCAGCAGGCUUGGUAUCGCCAACAGUGGGACAAUGUCGGCGGGAGGUGGUGGGAGCAACAGUCGCGCUGCGGUCGGGGUAGGAGUAGAUGGAGAGGGAGGUGGCGGUGCAGCGACCAGUACUGCUGGUAGUGGCGGCAAGCCAGCGGCGAGUAAUGCGCUUUUGCAAGGGCGUUUAGCCGGCGACGCGGGCAUGGUACCCGCGAGCGGCGGCGGCGGCGCAGUUCUUGGGUCAUCUCCUUCUCGCACAACGGAUGCUAUCUCUUCUCCUUCAUCACAGAGACUCUCAGCCCCUGUUUUGCCAGGAGGGACUGGCACUCCCAGUUCUUCACUUGAAGGUCCUUCCGCUGGAUCGACAGCACGUCAAAGUCCUUUCCCUUCUAGUCCCCUCCCUUCCGCUGGUCUCGAGAACGCCGACGCACGAGCAAUCUCGCCCGUUCCCCCUCUCUCCGCCAUAGGUGCUAACGAUGGCGGAGGCGCAAGUCUUCUCUCAGCGGUGGAGAUGUCAGCGCCUUUCGCUGCGACUACUACUCCGCCUCAGCGGGGUACUCCGCCGCCUCCUUCCGCAGCUGGCGUCACGGAUCCGGUUGGCCUUGGUGAGAGGUGGUCCCGCAUUUCCAGUGGUGCACUUGAUGUCGGGCGGCCUGGCAGAGAAUCUUUAGACGAUCGGACGGCGGAGGAGGUUCUCCAUUCCUUCACCCCAAGCAGCGACUUCAAGGCGCUCGCCGCUGACGCGUCGGUGUUCACGUUCGGAGAGGAUGACGACCUCGAGAGCGACGAAGAGGAGGAAGAUUAAACGUUGCGUCGGUCAGGCAAGCAAAUGUGGCUUUGGCGGCGCUUUGGAUUUGGGGUUUUGGAUGUGGGGGGCAUGUUGGAUCUGUGGGCUCGCAGGUGGGUUUGCAUUCCGCCUACGUAGGGAAAGGAAUAACGCCUUUCGAAGCUUCUUCAUCGGUAGUGUUUGGUCCCCCUCAGGAUGCAUCUUUCUCGAGUUCCGUUUUAUGCUCUUGUUGUCAUCAUCAUGGAGGUUGAUUCGCCUGACGUGCGCGGGUUGUUGUGUUUACUUGUGUUACCAAUUGGGAGGAUCGUGCUGGCGAAUGUUAGUUGAGAUGGGUCCUUUGUCCUGCUGGAUAGUCGGACCCAUCAGACGAUCAGCCAUUCGAGGGGUUGGUCGAAUAACGAAACCUAGUCUGUGCAUGCGGUUGUAUCUAAAUUGUGCGUGUGUGUGUGCGUGCGAGAGAGUGGGGUGUGUGUGUGUGUUUGUGGGAGAGAGAGAGAGAGAGAGAGAGAGAGAGAGAGAGAGAGAGAGAGAGAGAGAGAGAGAGAGAGAG